AUGUCGGCACCUCCGCAUCCACAUGCAGAACCGCAGUCGACAACACCCACUGCAUGGUCGUCGCAAAUGUCUACCUUUCCUACGACAAGCGGCACUGCUGGAAGCCCCAGCUUCGGCCAGUAUUCGGCAUCUACGGCCGCGAUUCUCGAACGCAUCCAAGGGAAGAACGGCCAUGCCGCCGGCAGUGCUGCCUUUGAAGCGAAGCGGGCAGAGAUCUUGCAGAGUUACGUGACCAGCGACAAACUACCGACGCCCCCGCCAGCGGCGAACACGGGACGUAGAGGAAGAGGGGGACGAGUUAGCACACCAAGUGGACUGAAGACGGAAGUCGGCGCAUCACCGUCGGGCCCUUCCUCUGGUCGUGGAUCCGGUAGAGGGCGAGGAAGGGGACGCGGUCGCGGUCGCGGAGGACGUGGAGGUAGAGGCGGCAAGCGGAAGCGGUCUGAGAGUGACGAGGAGAGCAAUAACGACAACGACGACUCGGACGUCUCAGACUCGUACACCCCACUACCCACACAAACCAAGUCCGGCCGAAGCGUCAACAAGCCCGUCACAUUUGUACCCGUCAUUCCAGAGCCAGCCAAGGGGGUGAAGCGGAGGAAGUCCACCAAGACACUACUCGCUGCGAAGUGCAAGACCUGUCACCGAGAGACGGACCCCUCGAACAACCGGAUAGUAUUUUGUGAUGCGUGUAGUACCGCGUAUCACCAAUACUGCCAUAACCCACCCAUCGACAAUGAGGUCGUCACAGUGCUGGAGAAGGAGUGGCUGUGUGGACCAUGUAUACGGGCCAAGCAGUCCGUCGUAGACGGCGCACAGGAUCUGGUCGCUGCGGAGGACCUGAGUAUAGAUGAGAAACGCGCAUACUUCAAUACCCUCCCACAAAAUCAGCUAGUUGGCCUCCUUCUGACUGCUACGAUCCGACAUCCAGAACUACCCAUAUUCCCUCCGAAUGUAAAGAGCCUGAUACCCGAGACCUCAGCCAUCAAGUCAGAAACGCCGCAACAACAACCCUUAUCCACCCAACACUACACCAACUACCAACCCCCACCAUCCUUUAACCUAGGUCAAAUAUCUUCGACUCCAAACGGCCACACAACUACAAGCCACACACCACAAUUUUCAUCUCAUUCACACUCCGAGAUGGACGCUGCAGAAGCACAACUCCUCGGCGAGAGCAGCCACCAGCCGCGCACAACAAUAGAUCUGGCAGGCAACCAGUACGAAGAAGACGACGGCUACGACACCGACCCACCAGCACACUACCCGAAAGCCGGCAACGGUCUCGCACGUACAUUGCGGCCAGAGAGCGAAGAUCUCAAUUGGCUUGUCGACGACAACUUUGAGGUGUUCAGCCAUAGUUACCAGGGAGACGGGACAGGGCUGGGCGCUGAUGGCACACUGGAUGGUAUGGGAGAUGGACAGAAAGUAGUUUAG